GGCCGUUGCCGCAGUGACAGUGCUGGGGGAGUCUGAAGAUGGCGGCGUCGCGUCGCUCUCAGCAUCAUCACCACCAUCAUCAACAACAGCUCCAGCCCGCCCCAGGGGCUUCGGCGCCGCCGCCACCACCUCCCCCACCACUCAGCCCCGGCCUGGCCCCGGGGACCACCCCAGCCUCCCCCACAGCGGGUGGCCUGGCCCCCUUUACCUCCCCGCGGCACGGCCUAGCGCUGCCGGAGGGGGAUGGCAGUCGGGAUCCGCCCGACAGGCCCCGAUCCCCGGACCCGGUUGACAGUACCAGCUGUUGCAAUACCACCAGCACAAUCUGUACCGUCGCUGCCGCUCCUGUGGUCCCGGCGGUCUCUCCAUCAGCUGUCGGGGUCCCUCCCAACCCAGCCGGUGGUGGCAAUAAUAAUUCACCGUCGUCCUCUUCUUCCCCGACUUCUUCCUCAUCUUCUUCUCCGUCCUCCCCUGGAUCGAGCUUGGCGGAGAGCCCCGAGGCAGCCGGAGUUAGCACCACAGCAACAGUGGGGCCUGGGGCAGCGGGACCUGGGCCGGGGGUCCCAGCAGUGAGCGGGGCCCUGCGGGAACUGUUGGAGGCCUGCCGCAAUGGGGACGUGUCCCGGGUAAAGAGGCUGGUGGACGCAGCAAACGUGAAUGCUAAGGACAUGGCCGGCCGGAAAUCUUCCCCCCUGCACUUCGCUGCAGGUUUUGGAAGGAAGGACGUUGUAGAACAUUUACUGCAGAUGGGUGCUAACGUGCAUGCCCGUGAUGACGGAGGUCUCAUCCCACUGCAUAACGCCUGCUCUUUCGGCCAUGCUGAGGUUGUGAGUCUGUUGCUGUGCCAAGGAGCCGAUCCGAAUGCCAGGGAUAAUUGGAACUACACUCCUCUGCAUGAAGCUGCUAUUAAAGGGAAGAUCGAUGUGUGUAUUGUGCUGCUGCAGCACGGAGCCGAUCCAAACAUUCGGAACACUGAUGGGAAGUCAGCCCUGGACCUGGCAGAUCCUUCCGCAAAAGCUGUGCUCACAGGUGAAUACAAGAAAGACGAACUCCUAGAAGCUGCUAGGAGUGGUAAUGAAGAAAAACUAAUGGCUUUACUGACUCCUCUGAAUGUGAAUUGCCAUGCAAGUGAUGGACGAAAGUCUACUCCUUUGCAUCUAGCAGCGGGCUACAACAGAGUUCGCAUAGUGCAGCUGCUUCUCCAGCACGGUGCUGAUGUUCACGCGAAAGACAAAGGUGGACUUGUGCCUCUUCAUAAUGCGUGUUCAUAUGGACAUUAUGAAGUCACAGAACUGCUACUAAAGCAUGGAGCCUGUGUUAAUGCUAUGGAUCUCUGGCAGUUCACUCCGCUCCAUGAGGCUGCUUCCAAGAAUCGUGUGGAAGUCUGCUCUUUGUUGCUUAGCCACGGCGCUGAUCCCACUUUAGUCAAUUGCCAUGGGAAGAGCGCUGUGGACAUGGCUCCAACUCCUGAGCUCCGGGAGAGAUUGACUUAUGAAUUUAAAGGUCAUUCUUUACUACAAGCAGCCAGAGAAGCAGACCUAGCCAAAGUUAAAAAAACACUUGCCUUGGAAAUCAUUAAUUUCAAACAACCACAGUCUCAUGAAACUGCAUUGCACUGUGCUGUGGCCUCCUUGCAUCCCAAGCGAAAACAAGUGACAGAAUUGUUGCUUAGAAAAGGAGCAAAUGUUAACGAGAAAAAUAAAGACUUCAUGACCCCGCUGCACGUUGCCGCCGAGAGAGCCCACAACGACGUCAUGGAGGUUCUGCACAAGCACGGAGCAAAGAUGAACGCACUGGACACUCUCGGUCAGACUGCUUUGCACAGAGCUGCCCUCGCCGGCCACCUGCAGACCUGCCGCCUCCUGCUGAGCUACGGCUCUGACCCGUCCAUCAUCUCCCUGCAAGGCUUCACAGCGGCGCAGAUGGGGAAUGAAGCGGUGCAGCAGAUUCUGAGUGAAAGUACACCUAUACGUACUUCUGAUGUUGACUAUCGACUUCUAGAGGCAUCUAAAGCUGGAGACUUGGAAACUGUGAAGCAACUUUGCAGCCCUCAAAAUGUGAAUUGCAGAGAUUUGGAAGGCCGGCAUUCCACACCCUUACACUUUGCGGCAGGCUAUAAUCGUGUGUCUGUUGUGGAGUACCUUCUACACCACGGUGCCGAUGUCCAUGCCAAAGACAAAGGUGGCUUGGUGCCCCUUCAUAACGCUUGUUCGUACGGACACUACGAGGUAGCUGAGCUUCUGGUACGGCACGGGGCUUCCGUCAAUGUGGCGGACUUGUGGAAGUUCACCCCUCUCCAUGAAGCGGCAGCUAAAGGAAAAUACGAAAUCUGCAAGCUCCUCUUAAAACAUGGAGCAGAUCCAACUAAAAAGAACAGAGACGGAAAUACCCCUUUAGAUCUGGUUAAAGAAGGAGACACAGACAUUCAGGACCUACUGAGAGGAGACGCCGCCUUGCUGGAUGCCGCCAAGAAGGGCUGCCUGGCAAGAGUGCAGAAGCUGUGCACCCCAGAGAACAUCAACUGCAGGGACACCCAGGGCCGGAACUCAACGCCUCUGCACCUGGCAGCUGGCUACAACAACUUGGAAGUCGCUGAGUACCUUCUAGAGCAUGGAGCAGAUGUCAAUGCACAAGACAAAGGCGGCUUAAUUCCUCUUCAUAACGCAGCGUCCUAUGGGCAUGUGGACAUAGCAGCAUUAUUGAUAAAAUACAAUACGUGUGUAAAUGCAACAGAUAAGUGGGCGUUUACUCCUCUUCAUGAAGCAGCCCAAAAAGGGAGGACCCAGUUGUGCGCCCUCCUCCUGGCACACGGAGCAGACCCCACCAUGAAGAACCAAGAAGGUCAGACACCUUUAGAUCUGGCCACAGCCGAUGACAUCAGAGCCCUGCUGAUAGACGCCAUGCCCCCCGAGGCCUUACCCACCUGCUUUAAACCUCAGGCCACGGUAGUGAGCGCCUCUCUCAUCUCACCAGCGUCCACCCCCUCCUGCCUGUCGGCCGCCAGCAGCAUAGAUAACCUCACCGUCCCGUUGGCGGAGCUGGCCGUCGGGGGGGCGUCCAACACGGGGGACGGCGCCGCAGGCACAGAGAGGAAGGAAGGAGAGGUUGCGGGUCUUGACAUGAAUAUCAGUCAAUUUCUAAAAAGCCUUGGCCUUGAACAUCUUCGAGACAUCUUUGAAACAGAACAGAUUACGCUAGAUGUGCUGGCUGAUAUGGGCCAUGAGGAGCUGAAGGAAAUAGGCAUCAAUGCGUACGGACACCGCCAUAAACUCAUCAAAGGAGUGGAGAGACUCUUAGGUGGACAACAAGGAACCAACCCUUAUUUGACUUUUCACUGUGUUAACCAGGGAACUAUUUUGCUGGAUCUUGCUCCAGAGGAUAAGGAAUAUCAGUCAGUAGAAGAAGAGAUGCAAAGCACAAUUCGAGAACACAGAGAUGGUGGCAAUGCUGGCGGCAUCUUCAACAGAUACAAUGUCAUCCGAAUUCAAAAAGUUGUCAACAAGAAGUUGAGGGAGCGGUUCUGUCACAGACAGAAGGAAGUGUCCGAAGAGAACCACAACCAUCACAACGAGCGCAUGUUGUUCCACGGUUCUCCUUUCAUUAACGCUAUUAUUCAUAAAGGGUUUGAUGAACGACAUGCAUACAUAGGAGGAAUGUUUGGUGCUGGGAUUUAUUUUGCAGAAAACUCCUCUAAAAGCAACCAGUACGUUUAUGGGAUCGGAGGAGGAACAGGCUGCCCCACACACAAAGAUCGGUCGUGUUAUAUAUGUCACAGACAAAUGCUUUUCUGUAGAGUGACCCUCGGAAAAUCCUUUCUGCAAUUCAGCACCAUGAAAAUGGCUCAUGCCCCUCCGGGACACCACUCAGUUAUUGGGAGACCGAGUGUGAAUGGGCUGGCGUACGCCGAGUACGUCAUCUACAGAGGAGAACAGGCCUACCCGGAGUAUCUCAUCACCUACCAGAUCAUGAAGCCCGAGGCUCCUUCGCAGACGGCCACAGCAGCCGAGCAGAAGACCUAGUGAAUGCCCCCUGGUGCGGGCCGGAUGGGAUUCCAACCGGGACUGGAUUGUAGUGGAUCGUUCCCAACAAAGUCAAUGUUCUCUAAAUCCCCGACAGCCUAGAAUAAGCUGUUCGUCUUAUGAAGCGUUGCUAUAGUGAUGAAUAUAGUGUGAGUAACUGAUGCGUACUCCACUGCUGCUGUGCCCGUUGAGGAAAUGUUUACAGGGGCGGCCUUUCAAUGUAUCUCAGGCUCACUUUCAUUGCAAUUAUCCAUUUCUAAAGUAAGACUGCUUUGAUCUAAACUUGGAAAUGGAGAGAAAGAAAACAUAACCAGUACUCCCCCAAAUGUUCACCAUUCACACACUACAUUUGCUUUGCUUUGUUAUAUAUGGCACAUGUAUAUAACAAGUACGCACACCCAGGGCCAUUUCAGUUUUUCCUAAACAUGCAUCAUUGGCUGUUUUGUUGUUCUUCGAUAAUGAGCCAGAGAGCCUUCUCGAGGAUACUUUGCACAAAGCCACACUGACUAAAAUCAGUAGCAAUGCAGCCCAAGCUUCUGGCUGAGCAAGACUAGUUUCCACCUUUUUUCCACUUUGAUUUAUUUUAUAUCUGUACUUCUUAUAAACAUAAAUUGAGAUGGAAAGAAAAAACAUCAAGUUUCCGUCCUUUUAUUAAUUGGCCAGUCUUACAAGGAAAAGGCACAAACAUCAACCUGACUUAGGAGCUCCCAAGUUCAGAGAAGGCAGAGCCCCUGAGGGCUCUUGCUCUCUCACAGGAGAGGUGGCCAGGAACGCGGGAGCCCCGAGGAGCGUAGCCAGGGGGAGGUUCGGGUGAUGCCGUCCUCAGGCCCAGAAGCGAGACCACGAGGGGGGCCGGGAAGGAGAAGCCGCAGAGCGCAUGCGCGGAGCAGGCAGGUCUGGGUGUUGCAGCAGGAGGGCCUACGGGACUCCUCAAAGAGCACCUUCUCACGCACUCUGCCCCACCAGAGUGUCGCCCCCCAAAUUAGCUGCCUUAUUUCCAAAUUCAGUCGAACUGUUGUACUUCACUGGAGUCACACAAAGUUUUACCUUACUGUUUCUCUAGGUUAGAAAGCUAGGGUUUGCAUCCUGUUCAGUAGCUGGACGGGCACAAAUGCAAGGACUUUUUUGUUUACUCCAGACUUGGGGUUGGUUUUGAGCGAGGUGCUUCAAAUAGUCUGUGUAGGUCCCUGCACGGAAGUUUUGAUCCAUUUCUUCAAACAGCUUAACAGACAAGGAGAACAAAAACUUGAAACCAAAGCUCUUUCAGUCACUUUUUUAAAUGAAAGUGGAAAAAUAACCUUACUGUUAGUUCAUGAAAUCACUACUUUGUUUUGCUUGUUUUAAUCACCACUGCCAAGUGCACAUCGACACUUGUAACACGUUGUCCGUUGCAGCCCUUACACUCGCCCUCUUCCCCUCACCCGAGUGUCACGUCAGGCGCGUCCGUCCACGCUGGCGCGCCACACACCUGCUCGGCCUUGAGGCAGAAGUAACGUGCGGUGCGAAGAAAGGAAAGCAGGGUGGCGCGAACUUGGCGCUUCCCCUUAAAGUCCUGACAGCAAUUUGUUUUUUAAUGCAGGCUGGUUAAGCUGUGACCUCAUUUAAUCGCCUAAAUAAAAAUAAAGUAGUUACAUGCAAAAAUUCUAUAAUAGGCUCUUAAAAUAAUACAUUUUGCUUUCUUUCUGGCUCGAGUCCAUUGCUAGAACUAGGCAUUGGGAACUAGAUUGAGUUUCAUAGCUGAAUCCUGCAUGGGUCCUCAGAAUUCAGUCGAGAAUUAGCUUCCGCGUUUGCUUCUGUCGAAGUGUUUGUGGCCCAUGCUGGGUGUGUGUGUCUCGGCUGUGUGUUCACGAGCACUAGGAUUCCAUGUGAAGAAGCUUCGAAGUCGGAUGUUCAUUGCGAGGGCUCUCCCCGCCUCUCCUCCUUUUCUGCCGUGUUGUGUAACACUGGGUGGAAGGUGCUGGCACUCGGUGUAGUUUUCAGUUGCUGUGAAAGUGUGUAUUACGUGCCUCCUCACUUAGAUAUAGUUUAAAAUGGUGAACACGGCUGUGAUUUUUAGUUAAGAAAGAGUUAAUGUGGUGUAGAUACCAAAAGCCACUCCCCACCUGUGGUGUGUGUCAUUGCCGUCACACUGACUAGAGUCAUGGCUGUGCCAGUUUUAAACUUCAACCUCACACUUGAGAAGUGAAACCGUGCUUCAGUGUUUAAACUGCCAGCGUCGUGUGCCGUGCGUUCUGCGUGCCGAGUCAAGGUCCUGUGUGAGGAAGACACUGCAGUGCUGCCUGUCCUGUAGUAGUUCCAAGUGUAUAGCAGUCCUGGGGGAACCUGUACAUGUUACUCAUCUGCUAGAGACAGUGGGUUCAUUGAUACCUCACAGGAGCCAAAUACAUUUUUUCACUCCAAACUUGAAAACCAGAGGUCAUCCUGAGUGCACUCAAAUGGGCAAAAGUUAACUAUGUUUGGAAUUUGCAUCUAUAGCAAUUCGAAAAACCCUCUGGCAUGUAAAAGCAUGGCAUUGAAUUGGGCUGAAAUCCAUGUAAGUUCUCGCAUUUGCACUACACAGAAACAGGAGCAAGCUGAGGAUUUCCAGUGUGGCCUGCCGGGGCUGGCCCCUCCACUCCCCACACCGAAUGGGAGAGAGCUGGCCACAGCCGCCCGCCGCCCGCAGUCCUGAGACCACAGGGCCCUGGGUGGGGGGGCCCGGUUCGCUGGGUACUGGCCGACCUGCAUGGUAGAGUCAGGAGUAAGCGAAGUGCUCCAGACUGGACACCUCCUCCUGCUUGGCCGCCUUCCCCUUUCCCCAGGUUGCUAGUCUGGGACUAUAAGUAGCUCUGACACUUACCUUCAGCCCCACUCACUUUCCUCCUUUCUUCAUUUUGAGUCUUGCAAAAGGAGGCCGUCCCUCGAUUCCAUAUCACGACCAGAACCAGGUGUUAGGCUCCCGGUGCUCUGCUCAGAAGAUUCUGCCACGCCGUUAAACAAUGACAGCGUGGGACCCAGAGUUUUAACUCUGAGAAAAAUAACAGCUGCACAACCAGGUUUUUUAUUUACCUUUUUCUUCGUGGAAUUUGGGAUUUCCAGCUUUUCAAUGAAAUAAGUAAAAUAAACUAUUAGAAUGUUUCCACGAAAUAGCACCCUUGUGCUCAUCUGAGUGGUUAGAGUAAUUUCCUUCUGCUCUAAAAUAGCAAAGUGCAUUGAUUUCCAUACAGAAAUGCCUGAACAUGGCAAAUAAAGUCAUAUGGACUAAUGUUCCAUUACCACAACCUUUAUACAAACAGUGGGCGUGCUCCGGAAGAAGAGCUUUAGAACGCACUUAGCGGCCCCGGUUCUUCUCUCCCAGUACAUCUCCCAGUUGUGCGGUGGCUGUCGGAUGCCGCUCACCGUCCUUUCAAGUAGCUGUGCUCUCUGGCCUGCCGCACACUGUCUCUGAAACAGCAACACGCGUGUUUGCAGCGCCUUCCCCCGGUGCGCCCUGCCCCCAUGUGUAUGAUAAUCAGCGAUAAAUGGCCUUCUCACCGAAAGUGCUCGCGCUGUGACAGGUGUCUUUGGGGCUGUUAUCUUGCAGAGUGAAAAAGGUUUUAGUCAUUCAGGGAACACUAAAAACUGACAUUAAUACGGAGUUUCGCGUGUCAGAUUCAUUUCAAGACUAAAACUAAACUUGUUUGAUGUCAAAUCAGCCACAGGAAUGAAAAGAAAGUAAUUGCGAAGAUAAUGUUUCAGCUUCACUUGGACACAUGUAGCGUAUGACGAGAAAUGCAUUUUUUAAAAUUACUCUUAAAGAUGAGGCUUCUUCAGACACUUUGUGGAUUCUGAAAUUAAUAGAAAAUUAAAUAUUAAGAAAGCCUUAACUACGGCAGAAACUUCUUAACCUUUUAUAUCCUAGUAAGUUGUAAUUCCAUUUCUUAGUGUUUGACAGGUGUCAGUGAGCCAGGCAUAGCUGCGUGUACGUCGCACCUGGCGUGCUUUUUUGAUGAGGGCGCACUUCACAAGUCACGCGCUCUCCCACGCAGAGGAGCAGAGGAGUCAGCCCAUGCCGUUUCUGUCUGUCUCAGGCUCCCCAGCUGCCAGAUCAUCUGGUUUGGAGGAGAAAUGCUAGACAAAAUUGUAAAACCCGUUAAGUUUUGUGUAUGUGGGAAAGCAGCAACAAUUCACAAAGUGAUACCCUGUAUCAUUUGAGUGUUGCACAAGCUGUUUUUUAAAUCAUUUUAAACAUAGACCAUGGUGAUGUGGGAGAAACCGCAGGAAGCGCGCUCCAGGAGGCGCGAAGGUUCCCGACGUCUGCCCGAGGGCCCUGCCUCCCCUGAAAUGACAUUCACGCUGUCGGGAUGCUUACAUUUGGCUCUCCGUUCCUCCACGUUUCCUUUUCUGUUUUACACUUUCCCAUCUCCACACCCACCCUGCCACCCAUCUUUUCCAACAGAUUUCUCAUUCUCCAGAAUUCAGAUUGUUUUGUCAGUUUUCAUCUGUCUUCCCAUUUCUGCAGACUCCCCUGAAAGCGUUUGCAGAGAAAUGCAGUUAAACUCUGGCGGUGGGGGUGUCCCGUACUCUCUCCUGUGGCCCUCCCACGGUUCAGGAUUAAAAGCUAGAAAACGUGACAGUAAAAAUCAGAAAGCAACCAAAAUCUUUGAGGCCGAUAGCCUAGACCUGGAAGAUGAAGACCCUGACUAUAGAACCCUUGUAUUCACGACACAAAAUGCUUCGACUCUUCACGUGCAUAUAUAAUGCCUGCUACUGCUUCCAUUGUCCCAAGUUCAUCCUGUCUUUGUGAUGGUAGUGUUUGUCUUUGAUACCUACACACUAAAAAGGUACUUUCAUCAACAAGGUUUCUCAAAAACAUUUACAGAACCAGCGUGGAGGAAAUCUCAGUGGUUUCCUGGCCACGGCGUUUGGCGUAGUCUGUGCUUUCUCAUUGUGUUGUCAGUCUGUGUAGUAACCAGUGUGGUGGCUCUGGUUCAUGAUCGGUGGUGGUUUGUUUUUAUUUUUAGUCUCUGUGACCCACCAGUGGCAGGGGGUUUCAGUCCCCUCCUUUUUCUUUUCUGCAUUUGUCCACUUGUAGGAUUGCCAGAUAGAACACACAACACCCAGUUAAAUUUGAAUGCGAGGUAACUAAUUUUUUAGCUUAACCGUGUUUCAUGCAUUACCUGACACAUAUUUACAAUAAAAAAUUUUCUUAUUUAUUUGAACUUCAAAUUUGACUGAGCAACCUGGGUUUUUGUUGGUUUUUUUGUUUGUUUGUUUUGCUUCAUUUUAUUUUAUUAAGUCUGGCAACCCUAUGAAUUUGGUCAUGGGAAAUUGCUGACAGCAUGUAAAUCCUUCGCGUCUUCACGGUCUUCCGUGUGGAGCGGAAGACCUGUCCUCCGCCACCCUCUGUGUUCGAAAGAGGGCACCGAGGAACUUAACCUGCCUGCGCGGCGGGCUCCUAUUUAAGGCAUCUUUACGAUUAUAUUUAACCUGUAAUUGUGCUUUGGCUAAAUGUCUAACUACAGUACUUGUAAUUGUUUAAUAUCCAAUAAAAAACAUUUUUAAAGUA